AUGAGCGGAUCGGAUAACCAUCCUAUCCGAUCUGUAUCUGUAUCUGUAGAUCAUGAUCCGUAUCCGCACUUUCGGAUACGGAUACAGAUUGGAUUACCAGAUAAAACAACAGAAACGUUCGAUAUUCCAAGCAUUUCGGAAGGGCAGCAUGAAGUAUUUGGUUUUGAUACCUUCACUAUCAACAACACCGAUGGUCGCGAAGCAGCUGGAUUGUGGGUUCGAUUUGCCAAUAUCUGGAAUACAAAGCAUGCCAAUGGUUCAACUAUAUUCUACAAACUUCCCCCGUUUCUUCAAGUAUACCAUACAACAUGGAAGCAUGCUCAAGAUACUCGCAAAACCAUAUCAAGAGCAAAGGAAACGCUAAAACAAGUGGAUUAUGCUGAACAACGUCACGACCAAGCAGUGUCCGCGCCUGAAGCACGUGAGCUACCAACAUUGAAUGCCCAACAUUAUGACCAUCAACACAAUCAAGUAAUUUCUUCUUCAAGAGUUUCUCAACAGUCGAGACAGCGACGUUUACAACCCGGAGCAGCACCCUAG